AUGUUGGCAACCAGACAGGUCCUGGGCAAUGCCACCCGCUCGCGGGUCAUGGCCUCCAUGGGCCUCCGUCGCUCCAUGGCCACUGUUACAGACUCUCCUUUGGACAAGAAGGUCAAGCAGAACAACUGGGAAGAAGGCACCUUUGUCAACUACAAGAAGAUGUCUGAGAACCUGGCCAUCGUUCGCAGCCGUCUCAACCGCCCUCUCACAUACGCCGAAAAGAUUCUCUACUCGCAUCUGGACGACCCGCACGGCCAAGACAUUGAGCGUGGUGUCUCCUACUUGAAGCUGCGACCCGAUCGUGUUGCUUGCCAGGAUGCCACUGCUCAAAUGGCCAUUCUGCAGUUCAUGUCUGCCGGCAUGCCCUCUGUUGCUAACCCUACCACUGUUCACUGCGACCACUUGAUUGAGGCUCAGGUUGGUGGUGAAAAGGAUCUGACUCGUGCCAUCGACAUCAACAAGGAGGUCUAUGACUUCUUGUCUACUGCUUGCGCCAAGUACAACAUUGGUUUCUGGAGACCCGGCUCUGGUAUUAUUCACCAGAUUCUCCUCGAGAACUACUGUUUCCCUGGUGGUCUGCUUAUCGGAACUGAUUCUCACACCGUGAACGGUGGAGGUCUCGGCAUGGCAGCCAUUGGUGUUGGCGGCGCGGACGCCGUCGAUGUUAUGGCUUCAAUUCCGUGGGAACUCAAGGCUCCGAAAUACAUUGGUGUUCGCCUCACUGGUCAACUCUCUGGUUGGACUGCUCCCAAGGACAUUAUCAACAAAUUGGCUGGUAUUCUCACUGUGAAGGGAGGUACUGGAAGCAUCGUUGAGUACUUUGGUCCCGGAACGAACACGCUGAGUGCUACAGGCAUGGGUACUAUUUGCAACAUGGGAGCUGAAAUCGGUGCCACGACGUCUGUAUUCCCCUUCAACGACAGAAUGUACGACUACCUCGCUGCCACCAAGAGAAAGGAUGUUGGUGAUUUCGCAAGAAUUUACGCCAAGGAGCUCAAGGAGGACGAGGGCGCCGAGUACGACCAACUCAUCGAGAUUAACCUUUCCGAGCUCGAGCCUCACAUCAACGGACCCUUUACUCCCGAUCUGGCCACUCCCAUCUCCAAGUUCAGCGAGGCUGUCAAGGCCAACGGCUGGCCUGAGGAGCUCAAGGUCGGUCUGAUUGGAUCUUGCACUAACUCUUCCUACGAAGAUAUGUCCCGUGCUGCCUCUAUCGCUCGCGACGCUUUGGACCAUGGACUGAAGUCCAAGGCAGCUUUCACUGUCACCCCUGGUUCCGAGCAGAUCAGAGCCACCAUUGCUCGUGACGGACAGCUGCAGACCUUUGAGGAGUUUGGCGGCAUGGUCCUCGCCAACGCUUGCGGUCCUUGCAUUGGUCAGUGGGAUCGCCAAGAUGUCAAGAAGGGCACUGCCAACUCCAUCAUCUCUUCGUACAACCGCAACUUCACUGGUAGAAACGACGGUAACCCUGCCACCCACUCCUUCGUCGCCUCUCCCGACAUGGUCGUUGCUUUGUCCAUUGCUGGCUCCCUGUCCUUCAACCCCUUGACCGACAAGCUCAAGGACAAGGAUGGCAACGAGUUCAUGCUCGCCGAGCCGACCGGUGCCGGUCUCCCCGAUCGUGGCUACGACCCUGGCAACGACACCUACCAAGCUCCCCCCGCCGACCGCUCCACUGUUCAGGUCCAGGUUUCUCCUACCUCUGACCGUCUUCAAAAGCUUUCUCCUUUCCAGCCUUGGGAUGGAAAGGAUGCUCUUGACAUGCCCAUUCUCAUCAAGGCUCAGGGCAAGACCACCACUGACCACAUCUCGAUGGCCGGCCCUUGGUUGAAGUACCGUGGACACUUGGACAACAUCUCAAACAACAUGCUGAUUGGUGCCAUCAACGAGGCCAACGGCGAGGCCAACAAGGUCAAGAACGUGACGACUGGGGAGUGGGAUGCCGUUCCCGCCACCGCUCGCGACUACAAGGCCAAGGGCAUCAAGUGGGUUGUCGUCGGUGACUGGAACUACGGAGAGGGUUCUUCCCGAGAGCAUGCUGCUCUCGAGCCCCGCCACCUCGGCGGUCUUGCCAUCAUUACCAAGUCCUUUGCCCGUAUCCACGAGACCAACCUGAAGAAGCAGGGUAUGCUUCCUCUGACGUUUGCCGACCCCGCCGACUACGACAAGAUCAAGCCCGAUGAUAAGGUUGACAUUCUUUGCACUGAGCUGGCAGUUGGCAAGCCUAUCACCAUGAGAGUGCACCCCAAGAACGGUGAGACCUUUGACAUCAAGCUCAACCAGACCUUCAACGAGGCCCAGAUCGAGUGGUUCAAGAACGGCAGUGCCCUCAACACGAUGGCCAAGAUGUCGAAGAACUAA